UAUUUUUGAAUAGGUUAUUUGGAACGUCAAAAUUUUCAGUGAUUUUCGACAAUGUAUAAUUAUUAUAGAACGUUAAAGCAGCAAUUUAUCCUUUUUUCGCGACUACACAAAACUAUAUCAUUUUAUCAGCUCAAAAGGUGGUUCAAUCAAGCAAGAAUUUUUUGCGUGAGAAUUACUCCCGAAGACAUGGAAGAGGUCUACAAAACGUUCAAUUUAGAGAGAUUCGAUUACGAUACUUUUGAAAAAUUUCUAGAAAAAUUGGCAACUCAGAGGAAAACUUAUGUCUCUGCGUUAACAUUCAAGUUGGUCAAUUGUGGCAUUCCGGACACUGUUCAAAUGGAACGACCCAUUUUUAUCGUAGACAGAAACAAAGAAAGGAAAAUGGAAGAGGAAAAAGAGUUGGCGAAAGAAAUGGCAGCAGGGAUCGCAAAGACAGCCCAAGAAAAGUCAAAUAAAAUUAAAGCAAUACGAAAGAAAAUGGAAAUGACAGGUCAAACGUGCAACAAAAGGAUGAGUGUAAAGGGAGAAAUGGGAGAGUUUGAGAAACUAAUAGGGGAUGCGUAUACAAGCUGGGAGUGCAUACCAUGUAUUUGUUAA